AUGCUCUACACAGCCACAAAUAAAUAUUUUUUAUUUCUUUUAUUGCCCUUAUUAAUUGCAUCUACUUUACUAAAUCGACUCAGUGAACAGAUUUUAUCUUCUAAAAAUGAUUCCGAUGUGAGUUAUUUAAUAUCGGAAGUUGAUUAUCGAUGCGCUGACGGUUGGGAACGAUAUGGUCGUAAAUGUUUUCGGAUUUAUACAGUCGAGCGAUCAUGGCCACAGGCUCUUGCGUUAUGUGCAAGAUAUGGUAGUAAUUUGGUGCGAAUUGAUUCAUACAAGCAAAAUCAGUUUUUAAGUCGAUUAAUUAAUCGGCCACAACGAAGUGGUUUGUUAUCCGUUCCAAACGAUUUUUGGAUAGGUAUCGUGGCACAAAAAACAGAAGGAGAAGAUGCACUGUUUUUAUGGUCAGAUGGCAGCGUUGCGUCACGAUAUGUUGGCUUCUGGGGCGAAGGCCAACCUGAUUAUAGAACUGGAACUUGCGCAAAGGUUUCGUUAGAACCAUCAAAAGUACUUAGUUGGAAUUUGGAGACAUGCAGCCUAUUAUUGCCAUUUAUAUGUGAGCUACCAGCGUGCAUACAAGGAUCAUUCUUUUGUCACAAUGGAAAAUGCGUUCCUCAGUCUGCUCAUUGCAAUGGUAUCAAUGAUUGUGGUGAUUAUAGUGAUGAAUUUAACUGUCCAACAUCACGAAGAGAUUCCGAUUGUCUAAAAUAUGAGAAAGGAGAAUCGGGGAAAAUUCAAUCACUUAAUUAUCCAUCGCCAUAUGCUGCAAAUAUUAAAUGCAAAUGGAUUGUAGAAGGACCGAUAAACUCUCGAAUUCAUUUGACUUUCGAUUCAUUCGAAACGGAAGAAUAUCAAGAUCUGGUCACGGUAUUAGAUGGUGGUCCAGCGGAAAAUUCAUCGAUGGUUAUCGCGAUAUUAUCUGGCACAGAAAAGCCUGGCACUUUAAUUUCAAGUACCAACGUCGUGAUUGUUAAUUUUAAUAGCGAUUCUCAUCUACAAGCUCGUGGAUUUCAAGCGAGUUGGAGAGCCGUAUCUGUUUCGUGUGGAGGUGUUUUAAAUGCGCAACCAUACGGUCAAAAACUAAUAAGUCCCGAAUAUCCUAAAAAUUAUCCGAAUGGUUUAGAAUGUGUUUGGAAAAUCAAUGCAGCUGCAGGACAACUUAUUUCAUUUUAUGUUGAAGAUGUGGAUUUAGAUUAUCCGAAUGAUUUUCUUUUAAUAUAUGAUGGAGAAACUCCGUCAUCUUCCGUUCUGGCUCGUUUAUCCGCGAAUUUCAGCGAGCCACAACUUAUUAUAACAAGCCAAAGUCAUGCUUAUAUUUAUUUCCAUUCAAAUUUUAUACAUAGUGGCCGAGGAUUCAGUCUUACUUAUAAAAGAGGCUGCUCGAAUAAAAUUCUCCAAAAUGAGGGAAUGAUAAUUUCACCUGGUUACAACGCUGUACCUUAUCCAAACUCGCAGAGAUGCAUCUAUACCAUUGAAUUACCGGACAGUAAGUCGGAUCAACCACUUGCUUUCAUCGUAAAUAGUUUCGAUGUUGCAGAGGAUGAUCGACUUUUGAUUUAUGAACAAACGGAGGAUGGCCGAGCACUUCAUCCGGUGAAUGGUUUUAGUGCCAAUUCUCGGCCACCUAAAAGUAUAUUUGCACAAAGCAGUAUUGUGAAAUUAAUUUUUGAGACUAAUUCGAUAAGAAAUGGACGCGGUUGGAAUAUCACUUUUUCAACAAACUGUCCUCCAUUGGUCCCUCCAAAAAUGGUUUCUCUAUCCACAAAAACUUCGGCUUUUGGCACAAAAGUCACGGUGUCUUGCUUACGUGGUUUCGAAUUUCGUACUGGACGUGGACCAAUGUUUGAUGUGACUUGUCUUUUAGGUGGCAAGUGGACAGAGGAUCACAUUCCUGAUUGUCAACCAGUUUAUUGUUCAGCAGUACCACAAAUCGCUAAUGGAUUCGCCUCAUCAGCCACUAAUGUUUCCUUUGGUGGAUCGGCUAGAUAUAAUUGUUAUGAAGGCUUUAGUUUUCCGAGUGGAAAAGAAUCAGAAGGAAUUUAUUGCACGGAUGAAGGACGAUGGACACCAACUCCAGCUUGCAAGGCCCAGACUUGCCCAGCUCUAGCACCUUUCUUAAAUGGUGAGCGAAUACUUGAAUUUGGCGAUGGAACAGGAUAUGGUACUGUUUUUCGCUUUGAAUGCGCACCUGGAUUCAGAAGGAUUGGAGCAGCAACACUUCUUUGUCAAGCUAAUGGCAUAUGGUCAUUCUCACAGCCUCAUUGUAAAAGAUUAUCAUGUACAAAUAUACCGCGAAUAACAAACGGUGCGAUAAUAAUGGGAGAACGAUUCGAAUUUGAAGAUUCAGCACGCAUUCAGUGCCAUCCAGGUUUUAGGUCAGUAGGAGCUGAAUCGCUCAAAUGCUUAGCAAAUCAAACACUAAGUGAUGUGGCCGAAUGUAGAGAUAUAGACGAAUGUGCUGAAGGUUCAGCUGUAUGUAAUAUUCAAAGUACGAAAUGCUUUAAUAUGCCUGGCGGUUAUCAUUGUCAAUGCUUAUCAGGAUUUCAACCACAUCUUUCAUGUACGUCUACAUCUGUUCUUGAUGCUAUGAAUAUUGAAGCCACGUCUGAAACUGCCGAUUUUCAUGCGAACGACUACUCAUCUACGGGCUGGUGUGCAAGUACUGAUGAUAAAUCGAGAGCAAUAACUAUUACAUUUGCUGUCCCAAAAAUUGUGGAAAGAUUGCGCGUGGAGAAAACUUCUAAUGGUGCCUAUCCCAUUGCUAUCGAACUCAAGUAUUCCAAUAGAACAGGAAUACCUUUGAUUCCAUAUUCUGCAUCAAACGUGACGAAACUUGUUACAAAGAAUGUUGCUAUUAUCGGUGGUGAACUGCUUGUACUUCCGCGGCCAAUCGAAGCUCGAGUUUUAGAAAUAAUCAUUGUUGAAUAUUCAUCUCAAAGCUGUGUGAAAUUCGAAAUUCUCGGAUGCCACAAGACCAAUUGCAUAGAUAUAAACGAAUGUGAGAUCAACAAUGGUAAUUGUGAACAAAUUUGUAUAAAUUCACAGGGAUCAUAUAGGUGCGCAUGCGAAACAGGUUACGACUUACUGGCAGUAGACGGUCAAGGCGGAUUCCGCAUUAAAGAAGGUGAAACUGGCUUGAACUCAAUGGAUGUCAUUCGAUUCAACCAAACAUGUGUACCACGAAUGUGUUCCCCAUUAUCAUCGCCCCUUAAUGGACUUCUGCUUUCUACAGCAAAAAAAUUCUAUUUCCCAAUGGUAGUUCAAUUCCAAUGCGAUUUCGCUUAUCAGAUGAUGGGUGCAAGCCAUUUAAAAUGCAUGCAAGAUGGAACAUGGAAUGGAUCGGCGCCACUAUGCUUGCCUGCUACAUGUCAAGGUGUUUAUAAUAAUUCAGCGAUUGGUCUUUUCGUUUCACCAGAAAAUAGUACUGUUGCGUAUGGACGUAAUGUGACCAUUGUAUGCAGUCAACAAAAUCGUCCAUCAGGUAACUCUUUGCUUUCCUCAUUUCGCCAAUGUAUCUAUGAUCCGCAAGACGAUGGUCGUGAUUACUGGCUUUCUGGUCCUGAUGUUGAUUGUCCUCUCGUUGAUUGUGGCCCUCCGCCAUCAUUAGCAGGAGCUUUCUAUGAAGGAGAUGAUUAUUUUUAUAAGGUUGGAUCAUCUUUCACAUUCAGCUGUCGGCCACCGUACAGCCUUGUCGGUAAAUCGAGUUACGAUGAUAGAACAAUACGAUGCAAUGUCGAUGGAAAUUGGGAUUUAGGCGAUCUUCGUUGCGAGGGCCCAGUUUGCAUAGAUCCUGGAUUUCCUGACGACGGCCAAGUUCAUUUGGAAUCGGUGGAAGAAGGUGCACAAGCUAAAUUCUCAUGCAACCGUGCUGGUUAUCGGCCAUUUCCAUUCGAUACUAUCAAUUGUACACUAGGAACAGCAUGUGUUUUAGCUGAAGAUGUCGGGAUCUCAUCUGGAUUCAUUCCUGAUGGUGCUUUUGCUGAUAAUUCUGAUUCUACUAAUUGGGGAUAUGAACCCCAUAAGGCGAGAAUGUCAUCUACAGGUUGGUGUGGUUCUAAAGAUGCUUUUAUAUUCUUAUCAGUUGAUCUUCAACGAAUAUAUACUCUUACAACUUUACGUAUGGCUGGUGUCGCCGGCAGUGGUCAUCUUCGUGGCCACGUAACAAAGAUGCAAUUGUUUUAUAAAGUCCAAUACAGUCAAAACUAUGAUACAUAUCCGAUUGAAUUUGAGACUCCAUCAGGAAACCACAAUGCAAUGCAUCAAUUCGAACUAAUACCACCACUACGAGCCAGAUAUAUUCUGCUUGGUGUUACUGAAUAUGAACAGAAUCCUUGCAUUCGGUUUGAUAUGCACGGAUGUUUAGCACCACUUUCUGUUGCUCAUGAAAUUCCUUCUCAUCUUCAGGUUGGCUGGAAUGCGUCGGUUCCUCAAUGCAUUGACAGUGAACCGCCAACUUUCCAUAAUUGCCCAUCAAAUCCAGUAUAUGUCCUGACAGAUGAAAAUGGCCAGUUAACACCAGUAAUGUUCGAUGUUCCAAGAGCUGCCGACAACUCAGGAUCAGUCGCUUAUAUUCGUGUAAUUCCUGAAGGCUUUGAACCACCUCAGUUCAUAUCGCAUGAUAUUGAUGUCAUUUAUACUGCUUUCGAUGAUGCUGGAAAUAGUGCUGAAUGCAUUGUCCAAAUUAGAAUCCCAGAUUCGCAACCGCCUGUAAUGAAAUGUCCCGAAUCAUAUAUAAUUCCGGCAGCUGAGGGUGAAUUUGAAAAAACUGUGUAUUUUGAUGAAAAUUCCGUGCAAAUGGUCAUUCAAGAUAUUUCCAAUAUUUCCGAAGUGACGUUCGAUCCUAGCGAAGCGCAGUUAACUCUCGGCUCUUAUGUUACUGUGGAUGUCACUGCAACUGAUAGCGUUUCGAAUAGAAAUAAAUGCAAAUUUCAAGUUUCAUUUCAAGCUGAACCGUGUUCUACUUGGUCGCUCUACGCAGAGGACAAUGUAGAAAAAAAAUGUGCUAAACAAGGACCAACGAUGACUUGUACAGUUCAUUGCAAAUCUGGGUAUACAUUUAGCGACGGAGAAAAUAUUCCGCAACGAUUUAUUUGCACAGGUGGAACAUGGAAUCCAUCUAGUAUUGCUCCAGCUUGUGUGCCCAUUGCUCAGGAACCAGCCAGAUAUGAACUGGUGGUUUCAAUUAAUUAUUCAAUUCAGACACCAGUUGGCUCAGAUUGCCUUAAAGGAUACUCUGAAUUCAUUGCAACAUAUUUCGAUGCUUUGGACGCUUCAUUGUCUCAGCGAUGUUCGUCAUCCGUGGAGGUUUUCGUUCGAUUUCUUAACGUACGCUUUUAUAGUGUAGCAGAUGGACUAAUGGCGAAAUAUGUUAUUCAAAUUUUGCCUACUGUACUUCAAGACGUCUUUUAUGAACUCUGUGGACUAACUUUGCGAACGAUUUUCGAUUUAAGAAUUCCAGGAGCCACAAUGCCAAUUCGUAAUCUGCUUUCAAUAAGUGGUGAGACAAUAGCAACCCAAUCGCUUGGUUGCCCAUCAAUGAACGCUACGAAAACCUCUAUAACUCAAGGAUUUGGUUGCGCAGAUGGUGAAGUUUUAAGAGGAGGAAAAGACGAUUCUCUUCCCGAAUGCCUGCCUUGUCCAAAAGGAACCGUUAAUGUCAACAAUACUUGUGAAAUUUGUCCAUUGGGUAGUUAUCAAGAUGAACGUGCCCAGACAUCUUGCAAACCAUGUCCAGAUCAGACAUAUACUCAAUUUCCAGGAUCACAUUCAGUCAACGCUUGUCUUCCUGUAUGUGGUAAUGGGAUGUUCAGUGAAACUGGUCUUAUUCCUUGUCAACUUUGUCCACGUCAUAGUUUUUCUGGACCUCCGGUUUCUGGUGGUUAUAAACAAUGCGAUCCAUGUCCACAGGGAUCUUAUACUGCUAAACUGGGAUCAACUGGGCCAUCUCAAUGUAAACAACCUUGUCCAGCUGGUCAUUUCUCAUUAACUGGUUUAGAACCUUGUUCUGCUUGCCCAAUUAACUGGUAUCAACCCGCAGUAGGUCAACAAAGAUGUAUUGAAUGCUCCAAUGAUACAGUGACUCGUGGCGUCGGUACAGCUGAUGUUACUGACUGCUUACCAGUGGAUUGCUUAUCUGUCAAAUGCGAUAAUAAAGCAAGUUGUGCUGUCGAAAAUCAUAAAGCUGUAUGUCUAUGUCGACCAGGAUACACUGGCAAAUACUGUGAAGAGCAAAUGCCUUUAUGUGAUACUCAACCAUGCUUCAAUGAAGGAAUAUGUGAAGCGGCUUCGGGAACUUUUCGAUGCAUUUGUGCACAAAAUUACACUGGAAGUCGUUGUCAAUUUGGACCUGAUGAAUGCAUUGGCAUGAGUUGUCCUAAUGGUGGAGUGUGCCAAGACCUUCCUGGACUUGGGACAACGAAAUGUAUUUGCAGGACUGGGUUUACUGGUCCAUCUUGUUCACAAAUCGUUGAUCCAUGCUCUCUCGAUAAUCCAUGCAAGCAUGGUUCGGACUGUGUUCCGCUCCAACUUGGUCGAUUUAAAUGCAAGUGCUUGCCAGGUUGGACUGGGCCAACUUGCCAAAUAAAUGUUGAUGACUGUGCUGACAAGCCUUGUGCUUUAAAUGCGACUUGCUCAGACCUCGUUAAUGACUUUCGAUGUGAUUGUCCUCCUGGUUUUGGCGGCAAAAGAUGCCAUGAAAAAAUUAACCUUUGUGCAGAAAAUCCAUGUGUGAAUGGUUUAUGUGUCGAUACUUUGCACCAGCAACGAUGUGUUUGUGAGCCAGGCUGGACUGGUCAUUUAUGUGAUAUUAAUAUAGAUAACUGUUCAAAUCAUCCAUGCCUUAAUGGUGCUACUUGCAAGGACCAGAUUGAUGGCUUCCAUUGUCUAUGUGCGCCCGGUUAUCAUGGUUCAUUAUGUCAACAUAUGACUGAUCAUUGCGCAACCUCACCAUGUCGUAAUAAUGCCACAUGUGUUAAUAGAGGUGCGCAAUAUCUUUGCGAAUGUCCACUAGGAUUUGAAGGAACACAUUGUGAGCAUAACAAAAAUGAAUGCGAUUUAUUGCAUAAAUGUUCUCAAGAAGGAACUGAAUUGUGUGAAGACCUUAUCAAUGGAUUCAAAUGCAAUUGCCGUUAUGGAUAUGUUGGCGAAUUAUGUGAAACUCACAUUGAUCUCUGUGCUUCGGAACCAUGCUUGAACAACGGAACGUGCAUUGAUGGAGGAUCACAGUUUCGUUGCGAUUGUCCGCGUGGAUGGAAAGGAAUAAGGUGUGAGGAAGAGGAUGGCUUAUGCGCUCUUAAACCUUGUCACAAUGAUGCACAUUGUGUUAAUCUUGUUGGCGAUUAUUUUUGUGUUUGUCCUGAGGGUGUAAAUGGUAAAAAUUGCGAAAUUGCGCCAAAUCGAUGCCUCGGUGAACCCUGUCAUAAUGGAGGAGUCUGUGGUGAUUUUGGUUCACGAUUAGAAUGUACUUGCCCCAAGGAUUACAUUGGUGAUGGUUGCCAGUAUGAACUCGAUGCUUGCCAAGAAGCAGUUUGUCAAAACAAUGCUAAAUGUGAACUUGUCGGCGAUGGUGGUUAUAAAUGUAUUUGCGAAUCAGGUUUCACCGGCAAGGAUUGCGAAACAAAUAUUGACGAUUGCUCGCCGACGCCGUGCCCACUUUCCGCCACCUGUUUGGACCAGGUUGGUGGCUAUUUUUGUCAAUGUCCAUUCAAUAUGACCGGGACGAUGUGUGAUAAAGCAGUUGAUGAGGAUUAUGACCUCCAUUUUUAUGAUGCUAUUUUUCCUGCAUCUGCAGCACUUUCAGUCCCCUUCAGAUUCACAUCUAAUUCAUUCUCUCUAUCAUUGUGGAUGCAAUUUGACGUGCCACUUUCACAUGGGACAAUUUUUACUUUAUAUAAUAGCCAGGAACUCAAUUACCCAUCAAAAGUUAGCGAGAUUAUUCAAAUAUCAGCUGACAGUGUACAUUUGAAUAUCUUCCCCGAUGAAACUCCACUUGUACUUCACUUUCCAUCAAGUCAGCGUCUUAACGAUGGUAAUUGGAAUAAUCUUAUUAUAACUUGGAAAUCAUCGGAUGGAGCGUAUUCUCUAAUUUGGAAUGCUGUUCGAAUUUAUGCUGAUACUGGUUACGGUAAAGGCAAAACGGUUAAUAUAAACGCUUGGAUUUCGCUUGGCGAACCGUUAAAUGAAAUAUCUAAUGAGGCAAAAUUCGUUGGAUCUAUAACGCGUGUUAAUAUGUGGAAUAGAAUGCUCGAUUUUGAGGAAGAAAUCCCUAAUAUUUUCAGUGAAUGCCAACAGAGAAUGGAAAUAUAUAGUGGACUUGUUCUUAGAUUCGCCGGUUACAAUCGUAUGUCAGGAAAAGUCGAGAAAGUGGUGAAAAGUUCUUGUGGCAGAUAUGCUAGUGAUAAAGGACGAUCAAAGACGAUAAAUGUUGAAGCGUGCCCAAAUGAUAUCUUUAUUACGACUCAUCUGAAAGAAAUGAAUGUAACAUGGAAAGAACCGAAGUUCUCUAGCAAAUAUGGUAUUCAAAGCGUUGAAAGGAAUCUUAAGCCAGGCCAAGUAUUCACUUGGGGAGAGUAUCUCGUUAUUUAUUUGGCCAAAGAUAAUGUUUCUUUUGUAGAAUGCACUUUUAUGAUUCGUGUGCACUCAGAAUUUUGCCCUGAUCUCGACGAGCCUGUACAUGGUGUGCAAGCUUGUGAAUCUUGGGGUCCUCAUCUUCGCUAUAAAGCUUGCUCAAUACAAUGCGAAAGUGGAUAUGAAUUUAGCGUUGAACCACCAAUAUUUUAUACAUGUGCUGCUGAUGGUAUGUGGAGACCUCGUCCACAAAAUGCUCAUAUCUUUCGAUAUCCGCAAUGUUCAAAGUCGCAGCCAGCUGUUCGAUUGGCUGAAGUUAGUAUCAAUUAUCCGAUGUUAUCAAUUUGUAAUUCAGCAGGAAAAAAUAUCUUGGCUGAGAAACUUGCGCAGCGAAUAGAUCUGCUUAAUAAUAGGUGGCGCAUAUUUGCACCAAGAAAUGGAAGUAAUAUUUCACCAUUUAACAUAAGCGUAAUUUGUCCCGCAGAUGAAAUGCUAAGGAAACGGCGUGAUGCUUCAGAAUCCUUCCAAGUCAAUAUAGCAAUUCCUCUCACUUCUGAUAUAGUCGAAGAUCAGAGAACUAAUCGCAAAGCAAAAGUGAUCGAUGUUUUGGAAGAUGAAAUCCUUAUCAAAGAUAUUCUUAACUUAGAACAGUUGUUUCCCAAUGGUCGUCCCGAUUUGAAUUCAUUUCUCUUGGUCGAACGAUAUUUGUGUGAUAAAGGCCAAGUUAAUGUCCGUAAUCUUUGCGUUGAUUGUUCACCUGGCACAAAAUAUAAUGUAAUUAGUCAAAAAUGUGAAUUAUGUGGUGUUGGUGAAUAUCAACCACUUUCCGGCCAACAUUUCUGUACACCAUGCCCCGAUGGCUAUAUAACCGCCACACCAGGAUCGAUUUCGCAUGCAGAUUGUAAAAAAGCAUGCGAUGCGGGUUAUAUGUUCAAUUUGUCGAGUGAUUCCUGUGAACCGUGCGGUUUGGGAUUCUUUCAAUUCUCUGUUGGUUCAUUUAGUUGUGUACCGUGUGGAGUGGGAAAAACGACCCUAAGUGAGACAUCGACCAGUGAAGAUGAAUGUCGUGAUGAAUGUUCUGAUGGCGAACAUCUCGUUCAAGCUGGCGUUUGUCUUCCUUGUCCUCUUGGUACAUAUCGAACUAAAGGAGUCCACAAGCAUUGUAUUGAAUGUCCAGCUGGAACUACAACAGAAAACGUUGCAUCUGUGAAACGAAUGCAAUGUAAUAUACCGAAAUGUGUUGCUGGACAAUUCCUUGUCACUACAACGAAACAAUGUCAAUUUUGCCCACGUGGUACCUAUCAAGACGAAGAAUUACAAGCAACAUGUAAACUUUGCCCAACAGAUCAUAUAACUGCCGCUCAAGGUGCAACUCGAGAAAGUCAAUGCUAUUCAACGAAUCAGUGCGCAACUGGCGAAGAUAAUUGCUCUUGGCAUGCUCUUUGCAUUGAUUUACCUGACGAAAAUGAUUUGCCAUCAUUUGAAUGCAAAUGCAAACCUGGUUACAAAGGGAAUGGAACUCACUGCCAAGCGAAUCAGCUUUUAGAUGCUUGCAAUAAUUUCUGUUUAAAUGACGGAAUUUGUAAGAAAAAUCCAAUUGGUUAUGUUGAGUGUUCAUGCAAAGAUAAUUUCUCCGGUGAACGGUGCGAGAUACGGUUCCAACCGAAAACGCAAAAAGUGGCGAUGAUUACUGCCGGAAUUGGAAUAGUAGUCGCCAUUCUUAUCGUCAUUGUUAUCAUUAUUUGGAUGAUAUCAUAUCGAUUUAACACUAUUCGCGAGUCAUCAGAUUUAGAAAAAACAGCCGUUGAGGAAACGAGUCAAACAAAUUUCUUUUAUGGUCAUAAUGUUGAGCCACCAAGACCGAUCGGUUAUUAUUAUGAGGAUGAUGAUGAAUAUGAUAUGAAAACAAUGUAUGUUGGUGAAGACGAAAAAGAUUUAGAAGAAAGAAUACGAAAUGCUCAAGCGCAUAUGUAUAUUCCCUCAUCAAACAGGAAUGAGUGA